UCAUACCAAGCUGAAUUAUACCUGGACGAACGCCCUGAAGAACGCCCUAAAGAAUGCCCUGAAGAACGCCCUGAAGAACACCCUAAAGAGCGCCCUGAAGAGCGUUCUGAAGAGCGCCCUGAAGAGCGUCCUGAAGAAUGCCCUGAAGAACGCCCUGACGAAUCACGCCCUAAUGAAUCAUCAUCUCAAGGAUAA